AAUUUUAUGGGAUUGGGAUUACUAAUUUUUAAUUUUUAUUUUUUGAUGAAGUCUACUAAACAAAAUUUUAUUAGCACACAAAAUACUGAUAUUGGCAGAGAUUGAAGUUUGAGGGUAAGAAAAAAAAAAAUCCGUAGGAGGGUUUUGAGAGGGUUUUAAGUUAAACCCCUUCUCCUACCGGCUACCACCUUCGAAUUUGCACUCUAGGGCGAUGGAAAAGACAAGCAAGGAGCUUCUCCACUUAGAGGAAGAAAAUUCAUCCAUUGAUGUACCCAUAAAGUCCACUCUACUUAUUUGUAAAAAAGCCCAACUCACUUCUCAAUUUAAUAAAACCAAUCCUCCUGGGAAACCCAUCACUGCACCUCUUCCUCCAAGCCAAGUUCUGGGAAAGGUAAAAGACUUUCUGGGAGUGCUAUCAGAAGCUAAUAAAAAAUUGCAGGUUGAUGCAAAGGAAAACAUUGAAAACUAUGAUAUUGAAGUGCUUAGUGGAAAUGAAUCACAAAUCAUUGAAAUGGACUUGAUGUUGGGUGUUGCUGAUCUUCAUACACCAGAGGCUGUGGCUGCUGCUGAAUCUGCAAUUGCUGCUGGUCGUCAGCCAGUAGAAUCAGACGAUAACAACGAUGAGGAAUCAUCUGCCAAAGAUAAUUCUUCAAACGAAGUUGGAAAGAAUAAAUCAAACAGACGGUCAAAGAUCAUAGAUAUGGAUAUCUGCAAAUAAGUAAAUGCAGAAUUUUUUUGAGCACUAGAUUGCCAAUGCAGUUUCAAGUAGUUAUAAAUACUUAGCAAAGAGGAAAGAUCUUAUGGAUGUUAAAGGUCUUCGUUUCUUAGAAACAUGUUCAAUGCUGCAGAAAAAUGCAUAAUGAUCAACUUAGAAGGGGUAUGACCAUAUGAAAUGUAAUAUUUUAAAAAUUUGAGCUUUGAAAUAUAUUAUCAGUUCCUAUUCAGUAAUAUCAUUAUUAUUUUGGUAAGACAAGAAGUACAAUAAUUCAAUAUAGCUUCCAUAUAAA